AUGGCAGAGGGAAGUGACAGAAGCCCUCCACAGCCCAAGUCGAAGGCUGAGUUUUCCAUCUACCAGAACCCGGCCUUCUCCGCCGUUCUCACGGCCAACAGCCUCCAGCCCCCCAAGUCCACCGUGGCCAUUAUCUUCGCCUUCUGUGUCGCCUCCGGUGCAGCUCUGAUCUCUGUUAUUUUCAGGUUUUUGUUCCGAUCUUUCCCUGGCUUCUGGUUCCAUUUUGUUUCUGUGAAUGCGUGGGGAGACUGGGUUCUAGGCAGAGUAUUUUUUUCGUGCGGUGGAACUCGUUUAGUGAAUUUUUCUUUCAUCGGCGAAUGAGGAUGAUCAUGAGACCUCUGUAGCGCUUAGAAAUGGGAAUAGAAGGAGAGGCAGGAGUUUUCCAUUAACUGCGUAUUAUUCCCUAUUUCUGAUUUUACGUAGGGCGGACGGAUCUUUCGAGAAAUUUAGGUUGCUGAAUCUUUCUGAUAGCGUUACUCGUAAGUUCCCGUCAAACUCUUCGUCAAACACUUGUUACUGGGUAUUGAUGCAUUACUUUUUUCCACUUUCCAAGUUAUGCUUUAAUGAUUUCCUCCGUUCUGUAUAUUUAGGGCUGGGUGUAAGAAUUUUUCAAAUUUUCGUUGGCUUGGUGUUUGCCGCGACAUUAUCAGCACUCGCCAGGAUUUCUUUAUUGAGAAGUUACAGGAAUUCAUAUGAAAGUAACCAAGAACCCACCAUCCCCCCCUCCCAGAAAACCAUCGAUCAGCAAGCACAAUUAACUCGUCGCCAGCUUGGCCUUUUAGGCAUGAAGCAGAAAUCCACUGAAAGGCCUGUCGCCAUUGGCUCCUCUAAGAAGCCCUCAAAGCCAACAGCUGCUUCGUACUCUCCAGAGCCUCUGGUUCCUCUGAGGACAUUGGCUAACAGUUACACUCCCACCCGCCCUUCUCGAGUUGGGGCAGGGCAAUGGGUUUCUACUGGUGGGAAACAUUCUUCACCUCAACCUGUUCCCUCUCCAGCCACGCCACCACGGCUGAAGCAGAGUUCGGUCAGUGGAAAGGGGAUAUCCACAGAAGAAAUGCUAGAGCAGUUCUUGGUUGAUGUGGAUAAGAGGAUGACAGAAUCUGCUACCAAAACAGUAACGCCCCCACCGACAACUGGGGGUUUCGGCAUCAUCAGUCCUAGUUCUGUGACUACCCCCGGCACUACCCCAGGUGCCACUAGGAGCACACCAUUGAGAGCUGCAAGGAUGUCUCCAGGUUCUCAUCAGAAGUACAGCACACCUCCAAAGAAGGGAGAGGGCGAGCUCCCUUCUCCCAUGUCAAUGGAGCAGACAGUAGAGGCUCUUGAGAGCUUAGGUAUUUAUCCCUAUAUUGAGCAGUGGCGUGACAAUCUCAGGCAGUGGUUUUCUUCCGUUUUGCUGAAUCCACUCGUUGAUAAGAUAGAGACGAGCCAUAUUCAGGUAUUCUGCAUAACAUCUAUCUUCUGAUUAAUUGAUAUGUUUGUGUAUGCUUUCUUAAUUGUUCUCUGCCCGCAAUUUCGUUUAGGUUAUGCAAGCAGCUGCCAAUAUUGGAAUAUCCAUUGCUGUCAAUCCAGUUGGAAGUGAUUCGUUGACUACUGCGGCACCAUUUAAUGUUGGCCAGCUCUAUGGGGAAAGAGAAUGGCAACCAACGUUCACGCAGGACGAAGAUGGACUUCUUCAUCAACUACGUGCUUUCCUAACACAGACACGUGAUGCUUCAAGAAGUCAGUUACUCCGGUGCCUUUAAUCAUCCCUUCAUUGAGUGUCUGUUUAUUGUUGUUUUUUGCGUUAAUUAUGUCUGGACUUGUAUCUUCAUCUAUCUUUUAACCUUCUUCAUACAUUACACAACGUUCUUGAUUAUUUUCUUGCGUUUAGGGAUAAAGUUAUUGCUUUCCUUUUCCAAUACAUGUGACAUAAAUAUUGUUGGUCAUUGUGAUAUGUAUUCCAAUUUCACAGGCAAUCCACAACUGCAACAGCAAAACCUUCUAGUUUCUGGUAUACAGGGAUGCCUUGAUAGCAUCACAGAGCACCAGCGGCUUCAUGCAUUGAUGAAAGGGGAGCUCGUCAAGGGUUUGCUACCUCAAAGCAGCAUACGUGCUGAUUAUGCUGUCAAAAGGAUUCGAGGUAGAGAUUGAUUUAAUAUAAUAGUCUCUUCAAUAUCUCUCUAUCUUGCUGGCCUGAAGACGGUUCUAGACAGGGGUAGUGAAAUUUGUGUGGUGAUAACCUGGUUCACUCUUUUAUAUCAUCUCACAGAACUUGCGGAAGGAACGUGCAUAAAGAAUUAUGAGUUCACUGUUGGAGAGGCCUAUGAUAAGGUCAACAGAAAGUGGACUCCUGAGCUCCCGACCGACUCACACCUGCUGUCGUACCUGUUCUGUGCCUUCCUGGACCACCCCAAGUGGAUGUUACAUGUUGAACCUGCCUCUUAUUCCAGUACUCAAUCAAGUAAGAACCCUUUGUUUCUGGGGGUUCUUCCUCCGAAAGAUAGGUUUCCUGAGAAGUAUGUGGCCGUAGUAUCUACUGUGCCAGACAUCAUUCACACAGGAGCCUGUAUCCUAGUCAUUGGAAAGCAGAACCCUCCAAUUUUUGCUUUAUACUGGGAUAAGAAACUUCAGUUCUCUCUUCAGGUCAGUGUUGGUUUAUGUGAAUUAAGCAUUUAAUAGUUAUUAAAUAAUAACUAAUUCUUAAUUUUAGCGCAUUAAUUCUUUUUUUAUGUGCUUUCCCGCUUUGCCCUCAUUACAUUCUUUCGGUGCUUCAUUUAACAUUCAUUUAAUGGACUUAUUUAUCACUGCAAGGACAUUUGGGACAUUUAACAUUCUUGAUGUCUUAUGGGACUUCUUCCUGCUUUAUGCCUUACGAUACUUAUUUAUCAUUCCUUCUCUGAUAAAAGCUAACCGCAUGUAUAGCAGUGUGGCAUGCCUUACUGGCCAAAAGCCCCGCCAACAGUGGCACUUCCCGAAAUGAAUGCCAUCAGUGGUCACCUGCCCACUGGAGAUUCAACAUGAAGGAGGUGCUCGCAUAAAUACUCGGGUCCUACUCCUGCAGUAAUGAAAUGAACUGAACAGGCUGAAGAGAAGAAAGCCUCGGUCCAACUAUAUUGGGGAUAAGAAAUGGCCAAGGCAUGUCCUUGUCAGUGUGUGAUUCCACCAACAUGGAAAAAUGCCUUGCCCCUGAUGCAUGGUUGGAUAAAGGCCAUCACUGCAGAAAGGCGGACCCACCAGUGGUGCAGAGAAGAAGGAAUGACCAGAAAGAGGGUUAGAUCCAUAGAAAGGACCCAUAAGCCCUUAUGUUGAGCUUGCACUUCAAGUGCCCAAAAUCUGAUAAUAUAUCGUGGGAUUUAUGCCCAGUCAUUAUGAUCCUUUAGGACCUUGGAUGAGCCCUGUGCAAAAUCUCAAUAAUCCCAAUUGUGGACCUUCUCUUUAGGACCUUGGAUAACCUUGGAUGGUCAUAAUAUAUAAAGACCUUUCGUGGAACUUAUGUCUAAUAAUCUGAAUUGUGAACACCCAAUAUGGGUAUUUUACCCAGCUGUCACAAUUUUUAUGACCUUAUGUUUACCUUGUGUCCAGUAGUCAAUAUUGACAUUUUGUGAAUCUUACUUCUUGUGGUUCAACCAUCACCAGUUAGGUCUUGUGUUCUGAAACGGACAUUAAAGGCCUUUGUGGUCAGUGCUUGAAUAUGUUCCUUGGAGUACCUAUCAGAAUCAGUAUGGUCUAUAAACAGUUUCUCUGCUUAGAAUUUUAAUCAUUUGCAGAUUUAGGGCUCGGGACAGUCCUUUGGUAUAUUAAUAGAAAUUGUGAGCUUUUUUCUAAAAUGUGUGGGAAACAGCAGUGCAAAUGUGCAUUGAAAGGAUUUCGAAUCCUUGUUAAAGAAGCAUUAGCUCAAACUUUGCAGACGUCAAUGAAAGGCAACAAUGCUGCGAUUCCUGGUUGAAGAUUCGAUCGGUCAUCUGUAUUCGUGAAUGUUCCAGUUGUUUUUCGAUCUUAUUAGGGAUCAUUUAGAACUCUCUUGAAAGUCAUUGUGGCUGUAACUGUUGGACUUUUGUGAGGGAUCUACUAAAACGGAGUUUUAGGAAUAAAAUAAGGUCUAGACUAGUUUUUUUCUUUUUUCCAGUAAAAAGGAUGUAAAAAAAUAAAAUUCGCCCCAGUAAAUAGGCCUAUUUGAAUCCUUCACACAGAUCUAGUCCUUGCAGACUUUUCUUAGAUUAUCUUGCGUUGACUUCAUUCCUAUUUUCGGAUGACAAAAUGUUUCAUUAUUUCUAGCCAAACCAUAUUUUUUGGCCACUCGCUCUCUCUGCUGAUCUUUUUUUUUGGAUCCUAAUAUAACCAUUUUAGUUCUUACCACGCCUCAUCCCAAAAAUCAUAAAAAUCGUUCAUAUGUCAGCUUUGUUUGGUCUUCAGUAGAUAAUACAGUUUCGGGGGAUGCUCAACGGAAAUAUAAAUGGAAGAAAAGAGAUUUAUGACAAUUGGUAUCUUAUGUUUGCUCAUCAGUUUGAGUGAUUUUUCCGCUAUGUUGGCUUUCAUGAAAUUGUCGAAGAGCGCUGUACAUUGUCAAACCAGAUGAACACUAGUAGCGGACAUCAGAGCAGGGAAGUCAACCCGCUCUUGGGGUCUGACUUUUGUCUCUAUCUUGUGAUUCUAAUUGGGAAAAAACCAAAAAAAAAAAGAAAAAAAAAGGAAAAAAGAAGAGGCUACCUUAUACGGCAAAGUCUGAGCAUCCCCUUUGCAGUCUUCUUCAUUUAAUCUCUUCCUUCCAUUUUUCUUUUUUUUUUCUGUGCAGGGAAGAACGGCUCUGUGGGACGCUGUUCUGCUCCUGUGCCACCGGAUCCAAGUAGGCUAUGGAGGCAUCGUUCGCGGGGUCCACCUCGGCUCUUCAGCUUUCAGCAUCCUCCCAAUCCUUCAAACAGACUGUGAAGAAUAA